ACACCUGUGUCUAUAGACUCGGAUUCACUGGAAUCGUUUUCAUCUUCACAUUCAAAAGAACGUUUUUCACUCAUUGUUGAUAUCACUUUUACAGUCGAGGAAGCCAGGCGAUUUCCAAGAAUCGAAUCUAGCUCUUCGAAAUGUUUACACGUUCUUCUGCCUUUUCCACUUUUUAAAAGUUUGAUUUUGGUCUCUUUACAGUGUGACUUCUCACCUUGCAUUUUUCGGGUGUUCUUUGAAAGCCUUUGUUCGUCAAUUCAUCUGACACGAACUUGUAUAUUAUAGACCCAUUGUUGACUUUCGGGUUUUCCAUUUGCUCAUCGAUGGCUUGUUCGUCCCAAAUAGAUAAGAAAGCUUGGGUCUCUUCUUCUGUCCAAGCAGAUCCGCGUUUUGUUUUUUCUUUUUUAGAGGUUUGCGUUCUAGCUGACAUGUUUACGGACUAAUAUUUCCCCCGCCAAUGCAUACACAACUCUAACAACGCUUAAAAUAGAGACUGAUUCAAUACACAUGAAGAAAUACAUACGUAAGUAAAUUUGCUGUGUGUUCAUACGACAAAAUUUACACACAGUAGCAAAUAAGUUGCGAGAACAUGUAUGCAAAAGUUAAUUUGCACCUAGUCCUGACCAGGUGCAGAUUUACUCAACUGUGCAGAAUUUGCAUAUGAGCAAAUCAGUUCAUACGACAAAAAUUGCACAUGUAAGUAAAUUUACAUUUGUGUAAAAUAUACUGAGGUAUGCAAAUCGUGUCGUAUGAAUGGGGUAUAAGAUUAAGAGACAUGCAAAAUUAAAAUGAUACAGCAUUUUUUUAAGGAUGUAAGUAGAGACGUAUAAUUAAGAUGAUCCCUGUUUGCUUUACUCCUAAUCUUUAUAGGAUUUGUGAGAUUGAUCAGAUUAUCUUCAUUUUUACCGACUGUACAAAAUGCAUGCUAAUUACAGCAGAAAAUAUUACUAUAGUAGUAGCUAAAAUAAAUUGUCAUUGGUAACAAAGCUUAAUGAAACAGCAACAGAAGCACUUUAUAAAACAUUCAGCAGACUAGGCUCAACAGGACGUUAGCAUAUAUACGUACCCGUUAUAAUAUUCGGCUUAGUACAAACAUGUACCCGGUAUAACACUCUAGUAUAAACACGUACCCGGUAUAACACUCUAGUAUAAACACGUACCCAGUAUAACACUCUAGUAUAAACACGUGCCCGGUAUAACACUCUAGUAUAAACACGUACCCAGUAUAACACUCUAGUAUAAACACGUGCCCGGUAUAACACUCUAGUAUAAACACGUACCGGUAUAACACUCUAGUAUAAACACGUACCGGUAUAGUGCUCUAGUAUAAACACGUAUCCGGUAUAACACUCUAGUAUAAACACGUGCCCGGUAUAACACUCUAGUAUAAACGCGUAUCCGGUAUAACACUCUAGUAUAAACACGUACCCGGUAUAACACUCUAGUAUAAACACGUACCCGAUAUAACACUCUAGUAUAAACACGUGCCCGGUAUAACACUCUAGUAUAAACACGUACCCGGUAAAAUACUCUUGUAUUAACACGUGUCCGGUAUAACACUCUAGUAUAAACACGUACCCGUUAUAACACUCUAGUAUAAACAAGUACCCGGUAUAACAUACUAGUAUAAACACGUACCGGUAUAACACUCUAGUAUAAACACGUACCCGGUAUAACACUCUAGUAUAAACACGUGCCCGGUAUAACACUCUAGUAUAAACACGUACCCAGUAUAACACUCUAGUAUAUACACCUAUCCGGUAUAACACUCUAGUAUAAACACGUACCGGUAUAACACUCUAGUAUAAACACCUAUCCGGUAUAACACUCUAGUAUAAACACGUACCGGUAUAACACUCUAGUAUAAACACGUACCGGUAUAACACUCUAGUAUAAACACCUAUCCGGUAUAACACUCUAGUAUAAACACGUACCGGUAUAACACUCUAGUAUAAACACGUACCGGUAUAACACUCUAGUAUAAACACGUACCGGUAUAGCACUCUAGUAUAAACACGUAUCCGGUAUAACAUUCUAGUAUAAACACGUGCCCGGUAUAACACUCUAGUAUAAACACGUGCCCGGUAUAGCACUUUAGUAUAUACACAUAUCCGAUAUAACAUUCUAAUACAAACAUAUACUCGGUAUAAUAUUUUAGUAUAAACACGUGCCCGGUAUAACACACUAGUAUGUCCGGUAUACAUGUAACACUUUAGUACAAACAUGUGCCUGGUAUAACACUCAAUUACAAACACGUGCCUGGUAUAAAAUUCUGCUUUGUAUAAACACAUACUCGGUUAAACAAUCUGCUUAGUAAAGUAAAAUCUAAUUUCGUUAGAAUAAGUGUGAAUGCAUUUUAUCUUAAAUCCAUCUGCUUGUGCGUUAGUCAUGAUAAAUCAAUUCAAAUAUCGAUAAAGAAAAAAGAUAUAGAGAUGUACAAUCAGAUUUGAAGACCGCGAUUGAAGAAUUUAACUAGUGCCAAGCUUACGGUAUACUUAUCUCUUGAUAUCCGCUCUCACAGCCAUAUCUAUCGUUACUUUUAAAGACCCCAUGUUUUACUUGACGGAUUUAUAUCAAUGCCUUAUUUAGGAUUUCCUGAUUGAACGACUUUAAAAAAUAUACAGACAUGCAUACGUCAGUUGUAAAUACAUCGAAGUUUUGAACUUAAGCAGACAUUCAAGAGAUCGGAAUUCACUUCCUGUAGAAUGACAUAAACGUGGACACCCUGAGAAUUGUAGAAGUUUUCCUGAAGUGAACACCAUAUGGCAAAUCAAUAUGGGAUUGUAAUACCGGUGGCAAUAUUAGGUUUCCUCAUUCCUUCUUCAGAGUGUGUGACAUCUCUAAAUUGCGGAUCCUCCGUGGCCACCGUUAACUUAAACCAGGUGUAUGACACCUACACUUAUCCUUCAUCUGGAUCCUACCCUACAUUAACGACGUGCCAAUGGUUAUUCCAAUCUUCUGACUCAAGCUCAAGAAUAACGUUUACAGUCACCAAUAUAUAUAUCCAUUGCGGAGACGUAUUAAAGUUUUACGACGGUACUUCUGACAGUGCUUCUGCUAUUGGGUCUUCUGUGUGUUGUUCCGCCCCAUGUGGCGCCUCAAAAGCGGCGGAAACUACCACCGGAAAUAGCUUCUUUGUGAAAUUUGUGACGGAUGGAACAACCACGACACAUGAAACAGGAUUUAAUGUAUCUGUCGUAGUUGGAAAGGAUGAAUCAAGCUGUGCUACUAACGGAACAAACAAUGCUGUGACACUUACAGCUCAAACGGCAUUGACGUCACCACAAUUUCCCGCCAAUUAUCCAGUAAGCCACAUCUGUACAUAUACGUAUACCUACAGCGGCGGCACUGUUAGAUUGGAAUUUGUUUACCUAAAUGUGGAACUAGAUAGCGGGAUCUGUUAUGAUUAUGUAGAACUCUAUAACGGGAGUUCAACUAGCUCCCCUCUUAUUGCCAAAGUAUGUGGUGAUACCGUCCCUACAACCAUUUAUAUAUCCACUGGAUCUGCUCUGACUGUCAAGUUCCUCAGCGAUGACCAGCAGACCAAAACAGGAUUUUACGCCAAUGUGAUACCUGUGGACGCGGAGUCUACCACAUCUAGUGACGCUACUACAGAAAGUAGCACCAUUGAAACAACAACAAAUGAACCCACGUCACAGUCGACCACUACAGAAGAAACAUCAACAAGCGGAACUACGUCACUGUCAACCACUGCUGGAGAAACAUCAACAAGCAGAACUACAACAUUGUCAACCACUGAUGGAGAAACAUCAACAAGCGGAACUACGUCACUGUCAACCACUGCUGGAGAAACAUCAACAAGCAGAACUACAACAUUGUCAACCACUGAUGGAGAAACAUCAACAAGCGGAACUACGUCACUGUCAACCACUGCUGGAGAAACAUCAACAAGCAGAACUACAACAUUGUCAACCACUGAUGGAGAAACAUCAACAAGCGGAACUACGUCACUGUCAACCACUGCUGGAGAAUCAUCAACAAGCGGAACUACAACAUUGUCAACCACUGAUGGAGAAACAUCAACAAGCAGAACUACAACAUUGUCAACCACUGAUGGAGAAACAUCAACAAGCGGAACUACGUCACUGUCAACCACUGCUGGAGAAACAUCAACAAGCGGAACUGCGUCACUAUCAACCACUGAUGGAGAAACAUCUACAAGCGGAACUACGUCACUAUCAACCACUGAUGGAGAAACAACAACGACUGGACCUAGGUCACAAGCAACAACUGCUAGAGAAACAACGACGAUUGAAUUUACGUCACAAUCAACAACUGCUGAAGAAACAACAAAUGGACCCACGACACAAUCAACCACUGCUGAAGUUGUGUUUCUAGAAACAACGAAUGGACCCACGACACAAUCAACCACUGCUGAAGCUCAAUCAGACCAUCCCGAAUAUACCACGAGAUUUGUGAGAAAAGUGUUUGUCUAUGGUAACAAUGGCGUUGGUUUAGCGAGUACUUCCGAAAAUACCGACGACGGUGGGGUUAUCGCUGCAAUCGUGGUGUCUGUAUUAGCUGUUGUCCUGUUGAUGGGAGUUGGAAUUGUACUAUACAGGAAAAAAGUUAAAGGACGGUAUCCAGUUGACACAGUAAAAGAAAGUGUGCCUAAAAAUGAUGGUGAUGAUAUGCAAGAAAAAAACACCAAGGAUAUUAUUGACGAAUCUGAGAUGGAGAGCAAGGCAUCACCUCCUUCAUCAACAGCAAUCCAUUCUGACACAAUGAAAAUUUGAUUGCAUUGAGUUACAUAUUAUUACCUCUCACUACAUACAAGUCAAUUACAUAAAAACCUCGAAUACCAAUUCAAAACUGCAUAACUCUGAAUAGUAGCAUUACAAAGAUUUAUUGCAUGUUCAAACUUUGUUAAGGGUCAAUGGUCAAAUGGGGGAAAUACAGCAUACCGGAUCUUUCCGCUGGUCUCAAAUUUGUCAAUGUUUUAGAUUAUAGGUAUACAAACAUUUUUUUGCGGAGAAUAGUUUGGAAACAUAGAGUUGCAAGCCAUAAAAGUUGUCUUGUGUUAAUAUCUUAUCGUCAAAACUUUCUACUGUCGGCAGAAACAACGGACUUUAAUAAAAUGUAGUUUGUUUACUUUCAAAUCGAAAGCGCUUUGACAUAAAAACUGCUAUACGGAGUUAUCUUUCUUGCACAAAUUUGUAGUGUUAUUGCAGAUAUAUUUGGGGGCAAAAGCAAAUAAAAAAUGGCGGUAUGAUACUAGGCCUCUACAAUACCCAAAUUUAACACUUAACGGAAAAAACUGCUUUACGUCACAUCCGAGAUCUCUUUCCGCAUGGUAAGCAGUGCGUGUAUAUACACACCCGUGUCCCGUACUCGUAUGUACGAAUUUCGUAGGUCGCAGCAAACAUUUUUUAUAACGUAACUAUGAUUUGUUUUCCUGAUGCUUAUAGAAUUAAGAUGGAGGGCUACAAAAGCAAAGUUUAGUCGCAAUUCAUUUGUAAUUUUCGAUAUCAUCAAUGAAGAUUUUGCAUUUUGACUUCGUGCAUGCGGUUCCCGCAAGUAUCUCGCACUCUCGGUCUUUGAAAAGCUAAUUAAAAUGAAAUUAUGUAGUGUGUUUUUAAAAAGGUAUAUUAGAUGCCUCAAAAAUAUAAAAUGUGUUUACUCAGGGGUACAUGAAGCAUAAAUCAUUUUCAUAACAUUUUAUUUACGCUAGUGACAGCUAUUCGGUUUUUUUCUCGAAGUAUUAUUUUUUUUCAGUAAAGUUUUCAUUAGGCGUAAUCGAUGUUUGUUUAAAAAUAUUUUCAGGCUAUUUAGUGGAGAAAGGACUUUUACCCCGAUUUCGAAUCGCGCAGAAUAUCUUUGGCAUCAAAUUUGCCACAUUUGACGAUAUCAAACAAUUCAUUUCAUUGUAAAUCAUAACGGAAAUAACUAAAAAUCAAUUUAUCACCAAUCAUAUUGUAACUGGUUUUUCUUGAAAGUUUCAAAUGAAACAAAGAUGAAUUUUGAAGCAUUAUUUAUUCGAUCAUAAAAUAGAGCAACCAUUGAUCUUUUCUCGGUCAAUGCGUUGCUUUAGCUCGCUUAAUUUUUUACUCCUUAAAUUCCUAAGGCAUGGAUUUGACCGGGAAAGGGCAUUCUAUUGCAUCCCAAUAAAAAUCAUACACAAGUUGUCAGGAAUUAUAACUAUAUCUAGCGUAUAGGAAUUUACAAACUUCUUUUGAUAGGUUUCAUUAGUAAUAUUUUGCCAAGGAUUUAUGAUUUCAUUUGAACAUGUCCAGAUGUGGACAGAAAUAUUUAAAACUUAAAGCACCUCUUCUAUAUAACAAUUACAUGUAAUGACUCAAAAUAACGUUCAAGAAUUAUCAACGGUCAAAAGAUGAUUUGCGUACAUAAAAGCAAUAUUAUAAUAAAUCAUAUCAAUAAAUAUCAUGUACAGAAUUACAAGUUGGUGUAGGUGUGUUACAUCUAUAUUGAAAUAGAAUAUAUUAUUAACACAAAACAAUCAUAGAAAUGCACAUUGGAAAAUCAGUCUCUAUAAUACUACUUGAGCUAUCUCCCCAUAGUAAAUCGUGAGGGUUUUUUUUGAGAAAUUUAGAAAUAACAAUAUUGAAUAAAUACUUUCUUGAAGCGGUUUAUUUUUGCACAUAAGAAGUGAUUGGUAUCUUUUAUUUUUACCAAAAGAGCAAGAAGGACUGUCAAAAAUGUUACAACUAAAACUCGAUACACAUCUGUGCCUUAGAAUCAUAUAAAUUACAUUCCGAUAGGUUCGUUCUCCAAAAGAAACAAAAACGGAUGGAAGAGGGAGACUUUUGGAGCUGUGAGCAAUUCUUAAACGAACUCGAGAGUCGUAGAUUGUCUUAUUUCUAGAGGUAGAGAAUUCCGAUUUCUCAUCGUCCAUGUUACAAAGGCGAUUUAUAAUUGUUUAUCAUGAGAUAAGUUUUUACACAAAAACCAUUGCAUUAAAUUAAGCAUCUCAGCUGAAUGUUGGAAAUGUAAAAUAUAAGAAUAUUAGAAAAGUAAUUCGAUUUGAUGGAAACCAACGUCGAAUUUGCCAACAUCCUUUUAAUUUACCGUUGUAUACUGCUACGUGAGGUUUUUCCCUUUUUUGACCUUUGAUACACAUACUUGUAUAUACAUGUACUCAGUUAUAUGUGGUGGAGCUCUGUGUGCAAUACAUAUGUACUGUUUUGUUUCCGAAUUUAGAAUUGCAUGAUCUCUAAUAAAAUUUCAAGUGAAGGAUA